GUCCGGUUAGGCUGCAAUACGGAGUUCGAGCCGGAAAGGAGACGCUGCCCUUCCGAAGCCAUGGAGCACGGAUGCGCGCAAGGAAAUUCUCUGAUGGACACUGACGGUGGAAUCCCAAGGCACACAUUGAAACAUAGUUGUAUUUCAUGCUGAACUUUGCUGAACAAGCGCCCUUCCGUUGAGCUCCUGCUGAUGCCAAGAACCUCCCUCAAAAAUGGCAUUUCACAGAACUGAAGGAAUGUCUAUGAUCCAAGCUCUGGCCAUGACUGUAGCGGAGAUACCCGUGUUUCUGUACACUACGUUUGGUCAGUCGGCUUUCUCUCAGCUAAGGCUCUCCCCGGGCCUACGGAAGGUGCUGUUUGCCACCGCUCUCGGGACGGUCGCCUUGGCCCUCGCAGCUCACCAGCUGAAGCGCCAGCGACGCCGGAAGAAACAGAUUGCCCCGGAGAAGUCGGGUGCAAAGGCCGGGAUGGUUCCAGUCCCCAUCUUGCCGACAAGAAGAGUCCCUUCAGUGAAGAAAGGGUACUCCAGCAGACGAGUGCAGAGCCCCAGCAGCAAGAGCAACGACACGCUCAGUGGCAUCUCCUCCAUCGAGCCCAGCAAGCAUUCCAGCUCCUCCCACAGCCUGGCCUCGAUUGUGGCUGCGAACUCCUCCAGCCCCACACCAGCUUCUGCAGGGCUCUGGGAGGGACAAGGAGUGGAAGAUCCUGGAGCUGCAGGGGACUGUAGCGCAGAACACCUCUAUUUUCAAGGGAUGGAACUGUUUGAAGAAGCCCUUCAGAAGUGGGAGCAGGCCCUCACGGUCAGGCAGAGAGAUCCAGCCAGCCCUUCAGUCACGUGGGACAAUGUUAAAGAGCCAGAAUUGCUGCCCGAGGAGCUGCCAGAGGAAUCCCAGAAAAGAGAGUUUGCAGAAAAGCUCGAGUCUCUUUUGCACCGGGCAUAUCACCUUCAGGAAGAGUUUGGCUCAACAUUUCCUGCUGAUAGCAUGCUCCUAGACCUCGAAAGAACACUUAUGCUCCCACUAACAGAGGAAUCACUGAGGCUUCGGGCAGAUGAUGAAGACAGCUUGACCUCUGAGGACUCUUUCUUCUCAGCUGCUGAGCUCUUUGAUUCUCUGAAAAUUGGAGAAAUACCUUUUCAGCUCUCCAAGCCGGCUGCUGCCUACGAAGAAGCUCUGCAGCUGGUGAAGGAAGGAAGAGUUUCAUGCCGGACAGUACGAACAGAGGUUUUAGGCUGCUACAAUGAUCACGACUUCCUGGCAAAGCUCCAUUGUGUCAGGCAAGCUUUUCAGGAACUUCUUCAGGCUGGCAGCAACCAGACAUUUUUUGGGGAGAUUGGCAAACACAUGGUGAUGGGACUGAUGACCAAGGCGGAAAAGAACACGAAGGGUUUUCUGGAGAGCUAUGAUGAAAUGCUGCGCUACACACUGAGACAAGAGACUUGGCCGACUACACAGAAGGAACUGGAAGGACGAGGGGUAGUCUGCAUGAAUUUCUUCGACAUUGUGCUAGACUUCAUCCUCAUGGAUGCCUUUGAGGACUUGGAGAACCCACCAUCUUCCGUGAUAGCUGUUCUGCGCAACCGUUGGCUCUCAGACAGCUUCAAAGAAACGGCCCUUGCAACUGCCUGCUGGUCUGUUCUAAAAGCAAAGCGGCGGCUCCUGAUGGUUCCAGACGGCUUCAUCUCUCAUUUCUACUCCGUAUCGGAGCAUGUCAGCCCUGUUCUAGCGUUUGGCUUCCUGGGGCCCAAGGAGCAUCUGUCAGAGGUCUGCAGUUUUUUCAAACACCAGAUCCUGCAGUAUUUGAAAGACAUGUUUGACCUGGACAUUGUGCGAUACACAACAGUACAGUUACUCGCCGAAGACAUCCUCCAGCUCUCCCAACGCCGCAGUGAAAUACUUCUGGGCUACCUGGGUGUUGAGACCACCCCAGAGAUGAACGGGAGCCUGCCCAGUGACAUUGUACCUUUUGAGGAAUUCAGUUAGACUCGGCCUAAGCGAGAGAGGCCUUCUCUGUCAGCAACUGCCUAUCCUAAAUGGGUAGCUUAAUCCGUGGCAGCAAGACUUCUUCCUCCUUCCCCAGACAGACUUGAUUGCAUUGGCCAUUUGACCGGAAGUUCAUAGUUUUAUCUGGAGGUUUGGCAGGCACUGUUCAAGGACACUUGAUGGCUUGCACUUGUUCUUUGCUCACCUGUCCCUCCUCCUUUUUAAAAAAAAUAUAGAUUUUAGUUGCAGCAUAAUUUGGGAUUAAACAUCUGGGGACUAGGCUCCCAGCCUUGCCAGGAGGUAGUGAAUUCAAGCACUUUCCCCCAAUUCUAUUGAGAAUCUGUGUACACAUCAGCAGGGAGGGGAGUUGGGGGGUGGGCUCUUUCCAGUUCCUACCUUUUUUCCUCUUUGGGCAUUCCUUUUUAAAAUUACUCACUGGCAUGUUGAGAUGUAUUUUUUUAAAAAAAAAAACUUGAGAAUUUUAAUGCACAUGAUGCUGUCUGAUUGCACAGGAAGAUGGCCUUUGGCCCUUGCUGUGAAGAGGAGUGAAAGAUUCUGUAAAGCACUGAAACUAGAGAACGUGUUCGUAAACUGAGAGUUGUCUGGCUAAGUGUGAUUUGUGACAGAUUCUGUCCUACUUGG